AUGCCACCUCCAGUGGACGAAGAAAUCGACCUCUACGAGGUCCUCGAGAUCGAAAAGGGCGCAAGCAAGAUCGAGAUCAAGAAGGCAUACCACAAGGCUGCGCUAGCACAUCACCCCGACAAGGUCGCAGAAGACGACCGCGCAGAGGCCGAGACUCGCUUCAAGGCCGCGAAACAAGCCUACGAGAUCCUCUCCGACGAUGACAAGCGACACAUGUACGACACCCACGGCAUGGCUGCCUUCGACCCGUCCCGAGGCGGUAUGGGCGGCGAAGGCCCGGACAUCGACGACAUCUUUGCGCAAAUGUUCGGCGGGAUGGGCGGAUUUGGCGGAAUGCCUGGAAUGGGCGGUAUGGGAGGCAUGCCCGGUGGACGAAACGUGCCACGGAAAGGACGAUCGGUAGAGCAGGAGUACGAGGUCAGCCUGGAAGAGCUAUACAAGGGCAAGACGACCAAAUUCUCCAGCACCAAGAACAUCAUUUGCAACAUGUGCAAGGGCAGCGGAGGAAAGCAGGGCGCCAAGAGCAACUCUUGUGCCGUCUGUAAUGGACGCGGUGCCAAGCAAGUCCUCCGCCAGGUCGGCCCCGGCCUCGUCACCCAAGAGACCGUUCCUUGCGGCAACUGCUCAGGCUCUGGCCAGGUCAUUCCCGAGAAGCAUCGCUGUAAGAAGUGCAAAGGAAAGAAGGUCGUGGAAACCAGGAACGUUCUCGAGCUUUACAUUCCCCGUGGUGCGCGACAGGGCGAGCGCAUAGUGCUUGCAGGAGAAGCAGAUCAAGUACCCGAUCAGGAGCCAGGCGACAUCAUCUUCACGCUUACAGAGACGCCACACGACGUCUUCGAGCGCGCAGGCGCAGAUCUGAGGGCUGAGUUGAAGGUCAGCUUGGUGGAAGCAUUAACAGGCUUCAACCGAGUAGUCAUCACCCAUCUCGACGGACGGGGUCUCAAGCUCAACGUACAACAACCAGACGGCAACGUCCUGAGACCAGGACAAAUCCUCAAGAUCGAAGGCGAGGGUAUGCCUAUCAAGCGCAGCGACGCUCGUGGCGAUCUUUACCUAGUAGUCGACGUCGAAUUCCCCGAGGACGGCUGGCUGAAGAACGACGCUGCAGUACAGAAGCUCCGAGAUGCGCUACCAAAAGACGACAAGCCGGAAGAAAAGCACGAAGAGGUGGAAGAGGUCGACGUCGAAUGGGACGCCGACAUGGAGGACUACGGCGCUGGCAGCGGAGACCCACGCGCAGGCGGCGCUGAGUGGGAAGACGAUGAUGAGGAGGCUGAGGGUCCUCAAUGUGCGACUCAGUAG